AUGCUCGCAUCUCUACACAGCUUUCGACAUGCUGUGCUUCUGACCAGAGCAUUGCCUCUUCUUACGAGUCUAUCAGUCGAUGUUAUCCAGUCGCGAUCUGCAAGAAUCUUUGCUCCGAUUAAAAUUUACAGUUUGCGCCGGAAAAUAGCAGAAGUGUUGUCGAAUAAAUUCAAUGAAGAUCGUGUAAAUGAAAUUGGUCCAGAUCUGGCAUGUUUGGAAUGGUUAAUGGAAUGUGGAUCCACUGAAGUGCUAAUGAGUGAUAAUCGACAAAUAAAGUCUAUCCGACAGAUGAAGAAGUACAUAAAGGAAAAACUCGAGGAAAAGAGUUCUGAUACGCCCUUUUCGAUGGGUGUCGCAACUGAACUAGAGUACGAUUUGAAAUGGAAGCAUGUCCCUCAUGUCCACAUAGUCAAGGUCAACGCCAGUGAUUCGGCGAUUGCAGAUGAAGGGUUCAAGUAUUUUCACGAUGUCAGACGAUUAGAAGCAUUAAAACUGAAUUUCUGUGAUUACUUCGGUGAUGAAGCGAUUCGGGAGCUAGCACUAGGACGAGCAGCGAGAUCGCUACGCGAUAUAGAAAUAGUAUUAAACCCUUCUGUCACUGAUGGUGCCGUUUACUGGUUGAGCCGAUUGAAAUCACUUCAACGAGCACAUUUUUAUUUUCUACCUUAUGUCUCGAAUAGAUUAUCUUUUAUUCGACAACUAAAAAUGGCUAUUCCAAGGUGCAAUGUCACGUUUCCAGACACUAUCUAUGUGGGAUACGGCGUUCACAUAUCCCCUAGUCACGAUCCCCAAGUCAAAAGUUUGGAAGGGAUUGGGAAUAAUUGUCAGCACAGUUGUGGUAAAAACCUCAUGUCCGGCAAGGAUUUUAUUUCCUCUGUUCACAAAGUCGGCCUCAAGUAA